AGUCUCGCCGGCGUCCCCGCCCGCACACUCGCGCACACUCGCGCACACUCGCGCUCGGGCGCCCUAGGAACAGGCACCGGCGCCCGGAGCGAGCCAGAGAGCGGCGAGCCGGGGAUCCACCCGGCUGAGCCAGCCGAGGAGCCGGCGAGCCGAGCCCGCGACGACCCCACGCCCCCAAGCCCCGCAGCCGCCCCCAGCCGGCCGGUAUCCCCGCCGCCCUCCCUGACCCAUGGCGCUGAAGCGGAUUCAGAAACCAUUCUUUCAACUUCAGGAGGUAUUUUAUUUGAUUCCCCACUUUUCCUCUUUCUUUACCUACCUCCUUGACUAGAAGCAAAUUCCAGGGGAGCUGUGCUGUUUGCCAUAUGAACAGAAUUGAGUGAUCUACAGCGUGACCCACCUGCUCACUGUUCGGCUGGACCUGUGGGAGAUGACUUGUUCCACUGGCAAGCAACUAUUAUGGGGCCCCCUGAUAGCGCGUAUCAAGGUGGAGUCUUCUUUCUCACUGUACAUUUUCCGACAGACUAUCCUUUUAAACCACCAAAGAUUGCUUUCACAACAAAAAUUUACCAUCCAAACAUAAACAGUAAUGGAAGUAUUUGUCUUGAUAUCCUGAGGUCACAAUGGUCACCAGCUCUGACUGUAUCAAAAGUUUUAUUGUCCAUAUGUUCUCUGCUUUGUGACCCUAACCCAGAUGACCCCUUAGUACCAGAUAUUGCACAAAUCUAUAAAUCAGACAAAGAAAAAUACAACAGACACGCAAGAGAAUGGACUCAGAAAUAUGCAAUGUAAAAUCAAAAAAAAUUUCAUAUAUACCAGAGUACUGUAAAAUCUAGGUUUUUUUCAACAUUAGCAGUAAAUCGAGCACUGUUUACUGUUUCAUUGUACCAUGAAAUCCUUUGAUUUUUACCCAUUUUAAAUGUAUUUCUGAAGCAAGACAAAACAAACUUCCAAAAAUAUUCUUGAGACUGUGAUGAGAGCAUUUAUCAUUUUGUAUGCAUUGAGAAAGACAUUUAUUAUGGUUUUUAAGAUACUUGGACAUCUGCAUCUUCAGCUUACAAGAUCUACAAUGCAUCUGAAAAGCAACCAAAUUAUUUUUUGCUGAAACUAGAUGUUUUUACAUGAAAAAUACUGUAUGUGUUGUCUAAGAUGUCGUCAGUUAUAUAAAUCUGUAUUCAGAUUUCAUUCUUUGUUAGCUCACUUUAUAAUUUGUAUUUUUUUACUGUAUAGACUAAAUAUAUUCUAUUUACAUGUAUGUCAACUCGUUACUUUUUUCCUGUGAACAGUAUUGAAAAAACCCAACAGCUGAUAAUGAAAUGAAUUAACUGUCCGUCUCCCUUGUCUUAGGGUAUUCUGUAGAUUGAUUGCAGAUUUCUUAAACCUGAAAUGAUCUUUACACUGUAAUUCUCAGUAUACUGAUUAUGGAGAAACACUUGUUUUGAUUUUGUUAUACUUGACUUAACUUUAUUACAAUGUGAAUUAAUUGCACUGCUAAGUAGGAAGACGUGUAACUUUUAUUUGUUGCUAUUCACAUCUGAAUUUUUUUCUGUAUAGGCAAUAUUAUAUUGACACCUUUUACAGAUC